CUUGAUGUCGCUGUCUACUCCCUCUAUCAGACCCAAGAUGAGGAAACGCCUUCCACUCAAACAAGGGACGAAGAUGAUGCACAAUUUACAGUCACCCAGCUGCCUCACAAAGCCAUGGAUGGACUUUGGGAAUCAUUAGUCUAUGCCGAACCUAUCCCAGAAACCAUUCUGCGCAUUAUCACACGGAUGAUGAAAAUAUCUAAGGAGCCGCACCUCAAUCCCGCCGUAAUACACUGGCACAAUCUCAUUCUUCUUUACGGACCCCCUGGUUCUGGCAAGACGACGUUGGCCCACGCUCUUGCACAGAAGCUCUCCAUUCGACUGGCACAUGACUUCUCUACCACAAAACUCGUUGAGGUGAAUUCACACACCCUCCUGAGUAAAUGGUUUGGUGAAAGCAGCAAGCUUGUUGGUAAACUUUUCGAAACCAUUUCCUCUAUUUCCUCGGACGAGUCUCUUCUCACGGUUGUUAUUAUAGACGAGGUGGAAACGCUCGCGGGAUCUCGUGAGAAGGCUUCCCAGGCAAACGAGUGUGGCGACGCAAUUCGAGCAACGAAUGAGCUUCUACAAGGGUUGGACAAACUGCGGAAGCGCACUCACGUUAUCUUCAUCUGUACUAGUAAUCUUGAAGAGAACAUGGACGAAGCAUUCAUGGAUCGGUGUGGGAUUAAGCGUUACAUCGAAGCCCCGAACGUUGAAUGCACAUACGAGAUCUUUCGCUCGGUGAUAAACGAAUUGAUAAAGAGCGAGCUAGUCUGCUUCAACCUUACGGGUAAGGUAAGCAAUACCAAUAUCGAAGGGUCUUAUAUAACCAGUCCUUCGUCUUCAAAGGGUGAGGACCACCACACCACCCUAAGCCAAUUGGUAUAUAUUCCCGAUCUAGAGUGGAUCAAUCUCCACCCGUUCCACCGUUCAAAGUCGGCAGCCCGUGAGCUGUUGCGGAUAGCACGAGGGGCUCAAGGAUUGUCUGGACGAACACUUCGCCGUCUCCCUAUGCUUGCAAUGGCUGAGUUCACUACCGAGGAGCCGUGCGAGCUGGCGGAGCUUCUCGUGGGCCUUGCGCGGGCUGUGAAGGAGGAGCAUAAGACCAAGUUCGGUGACAACAGCGACGCGGUGAUGGCGGAGGGUGAGCGAGAUGUUGGUCUGAGUGAGGAUGAUCUGGGUGAUAUUGACCAUUUGACUGAUUUCUCCAUGGACGGUGACCUUGUAAGGGAGCUGUUUGGUGAACUUUCUGGUGCCCAGAACGGGCAUCGCUCUUCAUCAAGUCAUCAUGGUUAA